AAACAAUGCACCCAGUUUCCUUUUUGCAAAUACAACGGAAGAGUAUCGGGUUAUCAGUAAUGCUUUUUAUGUCUUAUUUAAAGUGGACACAAUUCUUCCUUAUUUAUUCAGUGUCACGGAGAUUAAAGGAAACCGAUAUAGGACACGCAUGUGCGUGCGUAUCAAAUGUCAAAUAAGGAAUACAUAAUGACUGAAAAUGACAAAUAUCCUGAUGCAAAUUGCUGGAUUGGUUUUAUUAUUGUAUGCAUGGUAACGAUGCUAGAUUUUGGCAUUAUAUUCACUUUUGGAGCCAUGUUUGUGGAUAUGAUGGAAGCCUUUGAGUCGGACCGUUCUUCGACAGCAACAGUCCAGUCACUUCUAAUUGGAAUUUCCCUCAGUUUUAGUGUUUUGAGCGGCGCACUAAUAUCACAGUUUGGACUAACUAAGGCUACUUGGGUAUCAUCCUUUUUAGUACCGUUUGGAUUUUUAGUAUCAUUUUUCGUGACAAAAAUCCACUAUCUGUACAUCACAAUUUCUGCCAUAUCAGGCAUUGGAAUAGCUACGAUACACGUAAUAAGUAUAGUUGUAAUACAACAAAUGUUUCCACAACGUCUGCAACCCAUAUGUUUUGCUAUACACGGUACUGGUGUUAAUAUAGCUGGAAUACUUUAUCCGUUGUUAAUUGAGAGGCUGUUAGAUACUUAUGGCGUUCAUGGGACCUUCCUUAUACUUGGUGGAAUGUUUAUGAACAGUUUUGCAGCGUCUAUACUAUUAUCAUACAAUACAAGGUAUCGCAAAGUAAAUAGUCGACAAGCUGAGAAAAUAAAAUGUAGUAAGAACACUCGCGAUGGUGCAAAUUCUAAGGCUGAAUCGGACAAUACCGUGUCCAGCGAAACGGAACAUAUAUGUAGAGCAGAAGAUCAUAUGUUACCAGGAGACAAAACAAUUGGAAAUGAAAAUACACUUAGUGACGAAAAAGAUAUUACGGAACGAGAGGACGCUGGACCUGAAUUGGAAAAACGUACAUAUUUAAGUGUCUUGUCAUUAUUGACAAAACAGUACAAAAUGUAUAUAUUUCUCUUCCUCGCUUCAGCCAUGUGCAUUCCUGCAUUAAACACAUUUCUUGGUUUAACAGUGGAUAUAUUUGUCUGGAAAGGGUUUAGCGUCUCCCAGGCUUUAUUUUCCUUUGUGCCGUUUAAUGUGUUCAGUUUGUUCUCUAAAUUUAUUCCUGUACUCGCAAAGAAGUACUUAAAGCGACUCAGCUGUUUUGUUUUACCGAUGUGUUUUUGUAUAAUUGGAAUUUUAAGUCAGCUACUAGUAUACGUUUCCGCUGAUUAUAUAACAAUGUUGGUUGGAACAUCUCUUGUCGGCCUAUCCCUUGGUGGAGUUUUUCCAGCGAUGUUAAUAGCAGGAGCUAAAAUAGUCUCGAAACGGGCAUGGCCGGUUGCUUCAGGACUCCUGAUGACUGUUAUAGGUGUUUUAUCUUCUGGACUUGGUCCAGUUUUCGGGAGAUUACGCGACAACAAUGGAACAUACACAACCACGAUAAUAACAAUAGGGAUACUGCAAGCAGCUGGUGCCCUGUUAUACAUGCUUGCUUUAAUUAGUCGAAAAAAUGAAUUUACCAAAAACAGACUUCCAGAAAACUUACCGCAAGAAAUGUCCAGACUGAAAGAAAUUGAUGCCGAGAGAGUAUAGAUUGCGUGUGUACAAAUGCCAACAACUAAUCUGACACAGUCACAUAAUUUUCGGACACCCAUGUUAUUUAAUUGUAUGUAUACUGAACCUUUAUACAUUCAGUACUUCAAAAUAAUAAACUGUAAAUGUCAUGACAUAUGAGACACUCGGUAUAUUGCAUGUACAAUAUAGAGGUCGGCUAAGGCCCCGUGUACUCACUAAAGUCUUUGAAGCAUUCAAUAGAUGUCUUUGUUUUUUAUGCCCCCACCCCACUCCUUCGAAGAAGGAGGGGUACUAGUAUUUUAUUUUGCUGAUCAGUGUCUUGUCGGUCGGUCGGUCGGUCUGUAUGUCGGUCGGUAUGUAGACCAAUCCGUUUCCGGAUGAUAGCUCAAUAACGCUUGGGCCUAGGAUGAUGAACGUUGAUAAGGAGGUUGGUAAUAACCAGGAAAUGGUCCCUAUUGAAUUUGAGAUUAGUAGGUCAAAGGUGAAGGUCACAUUGACCUGUGACAGUUGAACGGUUUCCGGAUGAUAACUUAAGAUCGCUUGGGCCUAGGAUCAUGAAAGUUGAUGGGAGGUUGUUCAUGACCAGUAAAUGACUCCUGUUGAUUUUGAAGACAGUAGGUCAAAGAUCAAGGACACAGUGACCCGGAAAAGUUAAACGGUUUCUGGAUAAUAACUCAAGAACGCUUUGACCUAGGGUCAUGAAAGUUGAUAGGGAGGAUUGUCAUGACCAGCAGAUGAUCCCUAUUGAUUUUAAGGUCAGUAGGUCAAAGGUCAAUGUCACAGUGAUCCGGAACAGUUAAAUCGUUUCCGAACAAUAACAUGAGAACGUUUUGGCCUAGGAUCACGAAACUUGAUAGGGAAGUUGAUCAUGAUCAGCAGAUGACCCUAUUGAUAUUGAGGUCAGUAGAUCAAAGGUCAAGGUCACAGUGACCCGGAACAGUUGAACAGUUUCUGGAUGAUAACUCAAGAACGCUUGGGCCUGGGAUCCUGAAAGUUGAUAGGUUGGUCAUGACCAGCAAAUGACCCUAUUGAUUUUAAGGUCAGUAGGCCAAAGGUCAAAGGUCACAGUGACCCAGAACAGCUAAAUAGUUUCCGGACGAUUACUUGAGUUUGCUUGGGCCUAGGAUCAAGUAACUUAGUAGGGAGGUUGAUCAUGACCAGCAAACGACCCAUAUUGACUUUAAGGGCAAUAGGUCAAAUGUCAAUAUCAAGGUCACAAUGACCUAGUACAGUAGAACGUUUUUUGUACAGUGACCAAAUAAGUCAUGUUCCUUGUGCAAUUACUGAAUGCAUCAAGGGGGGGGGGGUGCAUUUCGUGUUCUACGAGCUUUUGUUACUUUUGCAUCACAAAACAUUUAAAGAAAACACACAUAUCCUGCCGAAAUUAUGUUCUGUAGGACUUUUUCCUUACAAUAACGGUUAAAGGAAGGAGUGCGUUUAAAUAUGUACUUGGAAAAUGACUUUAUGGUUUUAGAGAUUGCAGAUGCAAGAACGAGUUUUAAGAAAACGUUGCUGAUGAGAAAUACUUAAAACAAUUCAGACUUUUAUAAGUACAAGAUGUGCGUCUUGUGUAAUAUUCAAAAUUCAAAAUCAGUAUUGCUUUAAGAUAUCAUACCGUAAAAUAUAACAAACUGAUCAAUGCAUGUUUGUUUUUGUUUUGUUUUGUUUUUUGCUUAUCUACUAAUUAUUCUUUAGUUGGGCGGAAAUUGAACGCCUAAACUGCCUUGGCAUGAUAAUUAUUAGUUCGUCAUGUGCAUUUUCCAAUAUAUUCUGUACAAAUCAUAGUCUGUUAUGUAGAUAAAGCAGUUGGUGCAAUAAAUAGUUCGUUAUGUGCUUGUUCCAAUAUAUUCGGUACAAAUGAUAAUUUGUCUUGUAGAUAAAGCAGUUUGUUAUGUACAUUUACUAGUUUGUCCUGUACAUUUCUUAGUUUGUGCUGUGCAUUCGCUAGUUUGUGCUUUACAAUCAACAGUUCGUCAUGUGCAUUUUCCAAUAUAUCCGAUACAAAUCAUAAUUUGUUAUGUAGAUAAAGCAGUUUGUUAUGUACCUUUACAUGUUUGUGCAGUACAAAUAAUAAUUUGUCUUGUAGAUAAAGCAGUUUGUUAUGUACAUUUACUAGUUUGUCCGGUACAUAUCUUAGUUUGUGCUGUGAAUUUAGUAGUAUGUUCUGUACAAUUAAUAGUUCGUCA